AUGCUCUGCAAUAGAAAAGAAACAGCGAAGACUGUGUAUGGCUUUACAGCCGACAACACGACUGCCUCCUUGCAAAAUACGGCUGGGCCUGCCGGGGAAACGCAAGCUGCUGGAAGACGGCGCCGGAGCGGCAGCGGCCGCGUCUCCGCACAGCCGGAGAAGGGGCGAGGGGCUGGGCGAAAGGACCCGGGCGCGGCGCCGAGAGGCGGCCAUAAGCCGCGCUGCCCCGGUGCGGGGAGAAGCCGAACACUGCGCCACGGAACCGGACACUCACCUAACGCGGCGGCGGCGGCGGUGGCUCCCGCAGCCCCCAGCAGCCCCCAAACUCGGCUCAGGACCCGGUACCGGCCCCGUUGCUACGUGUCAGGAGGCCAAAGAACUGCUUCCGGGGCACGCCCGCUCGCGCAGGCGUGGUGGCAGAUUUGGGGCCGGGGCUGGAGUACCGAGAGCGUGUUGGGGGAGGGGGUACGAGGGCGCGAUAUGGAGCGUGCGCAGUGCGGUGGGCCAAUGAGAGGAGCGAACACUUCCGGCCGCUGGGUCGGCGGCGAAGGUAGAAAGGCGCAGGCGCCGCGGUUGCUAGUUGCCACUUGGGAGGGAGCCUUGCUCUGUAGUCGGAGCUCCUGGGGGAAGGCGCGUAGGUGCUGCAGCGGAAGGAGCGGAGCCUUUCUCUUGUGCACCGCGGCUGCAGAUCCCUGGUCUCUCUGGACUCACUGCUUUUCAAGCACCGUGCUAGAGUCUAUGUAUUAUUUAUUACAAACUAACGAAAUGGUUACUCUGCUACUCUCCUUUUAUAGCCAAGCAAGAAAACUGAGUUACCUGAUUAAAUCUUCCAUAUUGUUCGUUUGACUUUGAAACCUAAGCCAAGGUAUCCUGCAGAAGCCCCAAGAGCAUUUUGAGAACAUCAGUCAAUUCCUGGCUAGUCAGGUAGGCAUUUCUUUUUGGAACUUUUUUCUUUCUCUCUCUCUCUCUCGUUGUUGUUGCAUCCUCUCCUCUCUCUGCCCCCAUCCCAUAAUUGGCUUCAGCAAAGUAUAUUAACAGAACCGGGAGUACUUGUUAGAUGUGCUGACCUCUGUUAAAGUCUUUGAGCUGGUUUCAUUAGGCGUGAAAAGCUUCAGCCAGGUCAAGGGAUAAUGCAACGUUAAGUGGGUUUGCAACAGCAGACUGGUUGUUCCCUGGGACUUAGUAUGUCAAUCACUAAACUUAGAACAAAAAAGGGAAGAACAGUCCGAUCAUGAGCAAUGUCUUGUAAUUAGUUUGACAAUCAUGCUAGUCGUCACACUAACAUGUUUACCUUCUCCAUGAGCAUACAAGAAAACUCUGCUUUUUAAAAAUUUUUACUGAAGUAUAGUUGAUUACAACGUUGUGUUUCUGUCUGCUGUGACUCAGUUAUAUAUAUACACACACAUAUGUAUGUAAUACAACUUUUCAUUAUUCCUUUCCAUUACACUUUAUCACAGGAUUUUGCAUCUAUUUCCCUGUGCCAUACUCUAGGCCCUUGUUUAUCUAUCCUAUAUAUACAUUGGUUUUUGCCUCUGCUAACCCCAAACUCCUAGUUCUUCCCUCCCCGAUCCUCCUCUCCCUUGGCAACCAGAGAUCUGUUCUCUGUAUCUGUGAGUCUGAAGGAAACUUUGCUUUUUUAGGAUGGCACUGAAAUUAUGCUUUAAUAUCUUGGGGUUGCCUUAUUUCUCUUCUGUUUCAUGGUAAACACAUCAUAGGGAAUUGUGCCAGGAAAUUAUGGUUUGAGCAUAGGUACUUUCCCCGACUUUCAGCUGUAUCUACAAGCAUCGAAUGAGGUUUGGCAGUUGUGUACCUAUUAUAUCAAGUUCCGCAAUGAAACCUUGUAAUUAUGGUAUAAACCAAUGUAAUUGCCCAAGAUCUGUUUUCACUGUCCUUGAAUAUUAAUUAUGUUACCAAAAUAUGACAAUUAUAUUCCCCCAAAUUAUUCUUUAUUCCGUAGAAAAGAGUUUCCUCAUCAAAUUUGGCUCCUGUUAUUUCCAUUAUUUUACUUUGAACAAUAAAUUAUUGGUUUAUGAAGACAGAUUUGCCUGUAUCAACACCGAUGCUUUUGGAUAGAACUGGUUUUCAAAAGGCAGAUAAGUUUAACCCUGAUGUAAUAACUAUUCUUGGGAC